AUGUGUUUGUCCGGCCGGACCCGGCGGACCCGUCACGCCUGCAGCCGGUCAUCGGGGACUUCGGCGUGGCCCUGUCUGGCGUACGCCCCGCCGGAGACGCUGGCCCGGCUGCACGGGCUGCCCUUCGCCCUGGCCCCGCCGGACAGCAGCGUGGUGUCCCUGCUGAAGGUGGACAUCUACUCGCUGGGCGUACUGCUCUUCAGCCUGGUGGCCGCGGCUCGGCCCUGGUCCGGCACCCCGCAAGCGGAUAUCCUGCGCGCGGUGCUGGACGGCAAGCGGCCGGAUGUGGCCCCGGGCACCGGGGCCCCGGUGCGGCUGGCCGAUGCGGCCAGUGCCGCGCCCUGGCUGGCGGCCUUCCAGCAGGCCUACUGGCAGGCGUGGGCGGCGGACCCGCGCGAGCGCCCGGGCGCCGCGGCCCUGGCCGCCUCGCUGGCCGGCCUGGCGGCUGCCUUUCCCUGA